CUACGUACGGCGCGAUAAGGAUAGGAGCGCUUUCUUCGGCUGAGCCGAGGAAGUGGCACUGGCAGGCCGGCGCAGGAACUGAUAAACCAUGGACAGUUUGUGUGCUUAGCAUCCAAGGGGCAACGGAUUUCUGUGUUCAAAAGUGAGCACACAAAUUGUUCUGAGUGAGAGGUGUCUGUUGUUUCCUCGUUUUAACGCGGAUGCGAUAGGGAUUCAAAAGUGUCUUUGAUUAGUAAGUGAUUAACGGUCGGAUUUGGAACGGCAGUAGCUCACGGAGCGUUUCCCUGAACGGAUCUCAAUUUAAAUCUGGUGGUGGUUGGUGUAGUGAAAGUUUCAAAAAACAUGUCGUUGAGGUUUGACAUCGAUACCGAACCGCCUACGGCGGAGCUGCUCGAGUUUGCCCGAAAGGAGCUUCGCGAAACGCCGGAAGUGCGUGAAGCAGCUAUCAAGGAACUGCGCAGUCUACUCAAGGAAGCGACUGAUCUGCACUAUAAGGACGAUGAUGACUUUUUGCUGAUUUUCCUACGACCAUGCCACUUUUAUCCGGAGAGUGCCAUCAAAAUGAUGCGCCGCAUAGCCGAAUUCAAGAAAAGCUACCACAAUCUGCUGCACAACCUGAUGCCGGAGGACGAAAAGCGUGCCUUCACCGAGCACAACGUAGUGAACGUGCUUCCCAAUCGUGACCAAAAAGGGCGCCGUGUGCUGCUGGUCAACUGUGGCGCCCUGUGGGACCCGAAACAGGUCAGCUCCGAGCAGUUGUUCCGUCUGUUCUAUUUGAUCCACCUGAUCGCUCAACUCGAACCGGCCACCCAAAUCAACGGGGCCGUCGUAGUGAUGGACUUCGAUGGGCUAUCGCUGAAACAGGUCAAAGCCCUUUCGCCUUCCUUCUCGAUGCUACUGUUGACGUUCAUCCAGGAAGCGCUGCCGCUGCGUCUGAAGGAGGUUCACAUCAUCAAGCAGCCGUUCAUUUUCAACAUGGUCUGGACCCUGUUCAAGCCAUUCAUCAAGGAAAAGCUCAACAAAAGGAUGUUCUUCCACGGGAGCGACAUGAAGAAGUUCCACCAGUACCUGAGCCCUGAGGUGCUGCCGAAGAACUACGGCGGAGCGCUGCCCGAGAUCGACUACGCCGGCAAGGAUUGGUACCCUUGCGUUGAUAAGUACAUCGAUCACAUCCGGAAGUACAACGAGUGCGGCUUUGCGGCGAAGACUGAAAAAUGAAUUGCGCUAGAAAUGAAUAGAGCGAACCAAAUAUGCAUCAUUCCAAAGACUCAAUACGAAUAAGGCUUAGCUAAGGAUGAAGAAAAAAUUUCAUUAGCUAGAAGCUUACAGCUUGUUACCUAUUUUUUGUUACCAUUUAAAUAUGAAGAGAUGAAUUUUAUUAUGAAUUUUAAGUGUGCUUUUAUGUCAAAAAAGUUAAACAAUUAGU